AUGUGCGACGAGCAAACGGCCGAAUUACUGAAAAAAGCUUCAGCGCCGUUAAAAGAUCGGCCGCCGGGCUCAAGGCCCGUUCUUCGAUCACCCAGUACUACUACUUUAGAAAAAGUAUUAUGGCUUAUAAAAAUACCCUUCAGAACAGUGUUAUGCCUGUCUCUAGUUACGAUAUUCUUCGUUACCUAUUUUGGUUAUAUGAUCCCCGUAAUGUGGGCACGAACAAUAUGGCCACGGUUGUAUUGGUUUGUGGAGGGGAAGUUGUAUAGAUGGUUACAAAGUUUCAUAGCUUCCUGGGGAUAUACAGCAGGCUAUGACGUUUACGAAUAUGGAGAUGAUGUAAGGACUUACUAUAGUGAUGAGAGAGUGCUUCUGAUGUGUAACCAUCAGAGUACUGCUGAUGUGCCAACGGUCAUGGCUUGUCUUCAAAGUAAAGGAGUUGCUAGUCGAAAAACUCUUUGGUUGAUGGACAUUAUGUUCCGAUGGACUCCAUUCGGUAUAAUUGGCAGCAAUCAUGGUGACUACUUCAUUCAACAAGGAAAAGCUACAAGGGACAAAGAAAUACUCAGAUUGAAGAAACAUCUUGGAGACGUGUUCUGGGACAGAGAUCGUCGAUGGGUUAUACUUUUCCCAGAAGGUGGAUUUUACUACAAACGUAUUGAAAGCAGUCAGAAGUAUGGUAAAGAACAUGGAUUCCCACACUUGAUAUAUACUACACUACCACGCCAAGGAGCUGUCCAAGCUAUAUUGGAAGAAAUUGGUCCUCGUGAUGACGAAGAUGAGGGACCUCGAGAGCGUAGUCACAGCAAGCUCAAACUAUUAAAAGAUACCGUUGGAGCUAUUCGUGAGAAGAAAUACGUCAAAGGUAUGUUAAAAUCUUUAUUAAAUUUGAAAAUUGAGAAAAUUGAUUAUGGUGGAGAUCGACUAUUUCACACUAGUUGUAGUUGA